AUGCAUUUAUGGCUCCUGGUCUGCCUGCUAGCCAGCUUCAUGGGGUCCUGGAUCCCCACUAUCCACGCACAAGGGAGCUUCGAGGACUGCUGCCUGCGUUACCAUUCUAACAUCGGCUGGCGUGUUCUCCGGCACUCCAGGCAUUACCUGCGCCAGGAUGUGAGCGGAAGCUGCAAUCUACCUGCUGUAAUAUUCUACCUCCCCCGGAAAGGCCAGAUAGUGUGUGGGAACCCACAGGACAGGGAGGUGCAGAAAGCCAUGAGGAUCCUGAAUACUUGGGUGAAGCCUGGCCACAUCUCCCAGACGGUCUUGCAAGGCCUUCAGGUUGGGAGGAAGAAGAUGAAUUCUGAAAAGUUCAAGGAUUCCAGCCACAAGAGGAAAGCCUCCCCCAGCAACUCCAGGGUUGUAAUGGCGGCCAAAAAGACCCACAAUCAUAAACUACUUAGAACCAUGUCUGGGGCCAGGGACAAGUUUGGUAUCAAAUCCUUCUAGAGAGCCUUGCCUGAGGGCUUC